ACCAAUUCCCCCGUGCCCCCCUGCCAUCGUAUUCGCGCCCAAGGGGAGUGUACUCAGGAGUAUCAGAUCACCUUUGGACUUUCAGAAUAACUAGCCACCAACCUUGCGCAAACCCAGUUUCCUGAAGUAAUUCUUAUUAUUUUCAGAAGACAUGUUCACCAAGGCAGAAGCAGUGGCAUUUCUGCAGAACUCUUGGGACAUUCAAAAGGUGGAAGAACGACUCAAAAACGACAGGAAGAGGCUUAUUGAAGAAGUGGUAAUUCAGAUCCAGUCCAGAGUUCCUUUUCAAAACAUUACGCUUAUGGCUGCUCCCCUGGAGCAGCGACGUCGACCAAACGUUAAAGACAUAAAACAAGCAUGCAUGAAGGGAGUUGGGGGGCUUUGCUACAGCUUGAAUGUCUUCACAUGGGGUCUUCUCCAGGGUCUUGGCCUCCAUGUGCAGCUGUGCCCUGCUACUUGUACGACAUCAGUUACUUACCCCAACAAUCACCUUUUUGUCCUUGUGAGAGACCUUGAAGCAAACGGUGAUCUCCAUCUGAUAGAAUGUGGUGUAGGAGUGCCAACCUUUCAGGUUGUGUCUCUUAAUUUUGACCAUGAAUCACCAGUAUUUAAAGACUCUUAUCUGGAAUACAAAUUCAUACGCCAUGAUGGCCAGAUUCUUCGCAUGCAUGGUGAUGGAGACACAAUGAAGCGAAAUGACCCACCUAAGGAAGGUUUGGACUUUUACAUUGGGAAAUGGCGCCGCAUGUAUUACUUCACUGUGAAGCCCACUGAAUGUUUGUCAGACUUUGAUACAAUUUUUGAUGAAGUGUUUACUGUUCCUGGGAGAACGCCUUUUCAUCACUCUCCACGUGCAAUCUGGUUCCCAGGCCAGCGGGCCAUCUUGUUUGUCAACAACCGUUCUUUAGUUGAGGAAGACAAAGGCCAGCUGAAAUUGACUGUGAUGGAAAAUGACGGUCAAACUUUAGACUUCUUUUGCUGCAACUUUCCUACUAUAGAUCAGGAAGAUGUAUGCAAAGCCAUCAUAGAAUGGCACCAUGUUUCUGAAUAACAUUUCUUCAUUAGAAUCUGGGUUAUACGCAGCUUUCAAUUUCACAAAAUUUAUCCACAAAAAUAAAGGAUUCAGCAACCUGAUGGCAGUCCUCCAAUAUCCUUGGUUUUUGUUUUUUUUUUAAUAUGUAGCACAUGUCACCUUGAAUGCCACCUUUAAGUAUAUAUCAGUCUGCAUAUAUGAUUUUUAACUAUUAAGCAGAUUAAGUUCUAAAAGUGAAAGAUGGUCUGUGAAAUAACACUGGUACAGUAAUAAAUACUUGUUUUCGUUGUUUGGAAGUUUUUAUUAUUAGCUGAUUAGAUUUGUGAUUAGAUUUGUGUCAAGGCCAUUUAAUUGUGUUUGCUUAUAAUUGUUACUUAUUUGUAUAGUGCUGCAUUUGUGUCUGAGCAUACUCUUACCGCUUGUUUACAAUGCCAGUGUGAGGUACGUUUUACGUUCGUACAUUUUCUAUUUGUGUGUGUGCACGCGCAGGAAAAUUGAGUUCAUUAUGUCCAAACAAUCAUGAGCAAUAAGCACUGGCUUGAGGUCCUAAUCAUGAAAAAACGUGAUCAAAUACACUUGUGAAAGUAA